GGCAACCGUAUUGCCUCUCUCUUUUUUUUUUUUUACCAAUGUUCUUUUUUUAUGUCUCUCUUGGCAGUAACGAUCAGAACGUUCGAACAGAAACGCCGGCAAGAAGGCAAACGUCCGAACGGAAAAUGGCCCUGAUCCAUGGAGGAAUCAUUCUCGUUGUCAUCGCGAUCUUAUCGAACGUUCACGCACAGACUGAUGAUGAUGAUGAUACGACGAUGAUUAUAGAAAUCAACAAUAUCGAUGAUAAUUGUACGACAAUUAGUAGCAACAUUGCUUUAAACAUUGCGAGUGAAAAUCAACGUGAACAACUCGAUGCUUCGAUCGACAUUUAUAUAGAAGAUAAUAAUAUGAAAAAUAAUAGCAACGUUUCACAUUUCUGGACACCGUCGAUCGGAAAGGAUUGGGAGGAACAAGCACCGAAACUAAAUUUUCCUAAAACGAUAUCCGAUGGUGGUUUCAAGAUGGCAACCCUACAUCUCGAGGAAGCACCUUUUCUAUUUAAUUUCUUACGAAGUGUUCUUUAUCUCGUUCAUCCGUACGACGUACCGAUCGGUCUAUUAAUAGAAGCUAUAGAAAACCGUAUUACCACUUCAAAAUUAAUAUCUGAAUCGAUGCACGUCGAGGCGAUAUUUUUAACAACAAUUGGUGUCUGCUGCAUCAUGGCCUGCAUAGUACCUGGCACAGAACUCUGGCUUGCUUGCCGUCCAAUUAGAGAGGAUUACAAACCCUGCCGGUAUCCGGAGGUCCUUGCGUUUCUUCUAACAGCUUUUGUCUUCCUACUCGGCUCGUGCAUGGUCACCAUGAUGGUCUGCAACGAAUACGCAAGAACUGGAAUCGAGAAGCUUCCCGUGGUCGUGGAAACGGCAUUACAGGAUCUCGACGACUAUCAUCAAGAUACCACAACACAAUUGAGAAAAUGUCUCACGAGAAGUCUCGAUGUCGCGAGUGAAGCAAUACUUGCUGAUUUAGACAACGUGGAAGAACUGCUUGGCAAACCAGUGCAAGGAGAACUCGCUUUAGAAACAGGCCUUGACGUUGCAUUGGAUGCACUCAUGGAUCUGGCAAACGCAAGUCAAGAACUAUCAAAGAGAGCAGAAUCUUUAUUAAAAGAAGGAGAAAGAGCACGAGAUCUUGGUGCACAAUUGAAUCAAGAAACCGAUGUGAUUAAACGAGAUUUAGAGAGUGCAAUUAGAACGUGUUCGGCACAGGAUCGUCCACUGUGUUCUGUCAUUGAUCCAUCUGGUUUACGGUUGACUCUGCAUAUGGAACAACUUUUAAGGGACGAUCGUAUUAUGCGUUUACGUAGCAACAGCAAAGAGAAUUUAACCGAUGUUGGACGUCAAGCACGAGGAGAAUACCUUUACGUGCCUCAUUACAUCGCCAGAAAUACUUUGGAUGCGAGAAAUCAAAUUCGUCGAGAGAUAAACGUAGCACGUGCCAGGAUUUUCCAAAAGACAAGGAUCAUGGAAACGAGCAGCACAGAACUUUCGAAACAGCUCAAAUCUGCAAGAGGUAUCACGGAUUAUGUGAUACCCUACAUCAUAGCGUUCGAACAGACUAGAUGGUUCGUUGGUCUUGGCACUUUCCUCUGCAUUUUACCCGUCUGGCUUUUAUUACUCGGUGCUCUUCGUUGCCAUUGCAGAUCCUCCGAGGAUAAAGUCCGACCAACCCUCUUGUGUACUGUGUUUAUGAGCUGCUUCAUUUCGAUUGGUUUAUGGGGAAUAUUCGCAGUAGGAUUAGCGUUAUCUGGUCAUAUUGAGAUGUUACUCUGUCGACCAUUUCACGAUCCUGAAUAUCGUACGUUAGAGGCCAUUUUAGAAAGUCGAACCUUCUUAGGAAGAAGAUUGAGCGUACCUUUAAAAGAUAUGUUCGAAAAGUGUGAAAAAAACGAAGCUGCAUAUCCUGCGUUUAGACUUGAUCGUACGAUGCAAUUGGAACAACUUACGGAACAUUGGAUGUGGACUGGAAUGUCCAGAGCUAAAUCUAAAUUAAAAGUUGAUUUAAAGGGAUUAAAAAUAUUGACACCUGGCUUGUACCAACGACUUCAGAAUCUUCUUUACGCUUGCGGACCAAAUCUUACAGAACAUAGAAUUAUGAUACAAGGACCGAUUUUAAGCAAAGAUCCAAACGCCCUAUCCGAUCAACUGGACAGCAUAGCACGUCAACUUAGCGAUAGAAGUGUUGCAAGAGAUUUGCAAAUGAUCGGAUCCAAUAUGAGAGAUCUAACAUCACGAAGAGUAAAACCAUUGAUGAAGAUACAAGAUAAUUUGGUUUAUCAAAUAGCUGUAUUGGAAUUACAAUUGUUACCAUUUCAACGACAGAUCAAUCAAUCAAUUUCUCAUUUAAAAACGAUUCAAUAUUACAUCGAUAAUCAAGGAGAUAAAAUUGCACAAUUGAAAGGAAAAACAUUUAUAAAUCGAUUAAAUAAUUAUUUAGAUCAAUGGAGAACUCACGUAAUUUCCGAAAUGGAUAGUGGCGUUUCGAAGUGUCGACCAUUAUGGGAAAUAUUAAAAGGAAUGAGACUUCUUUUGUGUAAUCACAUUUUAGGUCCUCUAAACGGAUUCUGGUUCGCUACGUUAAUAUGUGCAAUUAUUAUGAUAAUCAGCACACCAAUUGCCCAUAUUUUAUCUUUGGUAUAUCGAAGACCGUCGUUUUCAAAGAAGGAUACGUCUUUGUUAUCAAUGAGAUCAGGAAGUCCAGAUACUGUGGUGAUAGAUCGUGGAACUUGGGAAAGUCCACAGUCAUCACAAGAAGGAUGGUGAUCAAACUGAUAAGGAAAUGAAAGCUUUUUCAAUAACGAGAAUACAAAUGUUUUGUUAAUUUUUAAA